AUAACUCUAGUAACAAUACAGGCCUUUAUAUUGUUGCAUAAUCUAAUUAAACAAGAGGCUAAUAAGCCAGGUAGUAAACAGCGCCUACAGAGGCACGUACAGAAGCUUGCUAGUGCUGCUUCGAUAUCCUUUGCCAAACAAACCCUACUUCAGGAUCAGAAUCGAUUCUUAUACAAACUAAAUAAAGAAGCCAAAUGUCGCCGAUCGACCAAGUCAUUGAUCCUAGGGAAGGCGAAGGUAAUGAGCUAUGAGGGCCUUGAGGAGGCACGAGCGAACCGUGCUGCGAAGGAUAUAGCUAAGGGCAAGGGAAAAGGACAACGCGGUCGUCCGCGCAAGAAUCCUGCGCCGGAGGCAGAGGUAGAGGCGAGCAAGGGAAAGCGCGGUCGUAAGCGCAAGAGUCUUGCGCUAGACUCUGGCGCAGACGCAGAUGCAGACGCAGACGCAGAGGCGGAUUCGCUAGAAGUAGAGGCGGGCAAGCUAAAGCGCGGUCGUAAGCGCAAGAAUCCUGUGCCGGAGGUAGACGCAGAGGCGGGUUCGCUAGAAUUAGAGGCUGGUUUAUUAGUGCCAAAGGACAAAGUGGCGCGGAUGAGCGAAGUUGAGCCAGCGAAGGUCCCAGCAGCGCCGUUCAGGGCCCCAGUGGCGUGGAUGUACUAA